AUGGUGCCUUGCAAGAGAACUUUAACUGUCGAGUCAAUCCAAUGCCUAGCAAUUGAUGAAAGAAAAGAGGAAGGCGAGAAUGCAGGUGUUGAAAUCUUCUGUCGCUUUUUGGUCAAUACUUCUGUUCUCGAUCCUCGUUCUCACAUGAGAAUGGAUCCAAAAAGUGGUCCAGACAGCGGCAAAAACUCUGAAGAUUUCUCCACUCAUUUUAUUACUCGAUCUUUGGAUGACGUCUUAGUUUUAUCAAAUCGACUCAUGACGACGUUUGAUGUCCUUCUGAGUCGAUCGAGAGGUGGUCCUUUACCAUUGACUAGAAAGUCAGUUUCCCUUCCACGGUCAAGUCGCAAGAGUUCUUCAAAAUCAAACAACACAAAUAAUCCUUCAUUUGCCCGUCAAUUUUUGGAUACAAUUUUAUCCAGACAAACCCCCUCAAACGAUGCUAUUGCCAAUCGAGAAAGGUCAAAUAGCAAAUCAAGCAUAGUUUGGGAUGCCAAAGAUCACCUAGAAACCCAACAAGAUCGUCUUUCAAAAUCACGCAAAAAAGCAAUUGAUGAAUUCUUUCAAACAGCUUUGCGCAUCGGUGGAGAAGUGGUUGCUAGUAGCCGAGCAAUGCAAGAUUUCUUUUUAAAACGCAAAGAUUCCAAUCAGUCCAACCGAUCUUUGUAUCCUCCCAGCACAAUCAGCUCUUCGAUUGCGGAUGGCGAUAGAAGCCAAACUGCUACCCUUACGAGCAGAUUGUCGUUUGAGGAAGAUGAAUAUGGGUAUGAUGAUGACGACGAUGAAAAGAGCAUUUGUGAAAGUACAACGUCUUCAAAUGACGGCCGAAGCUGUCGAUUUGCCGUUUCCAACUCACAUAUGGCGCUCUUACAUGCAGAAAAUUUGAACGACGUAGUGGAGAAAAAUCGGAAAGAAUCGUACAAAGAAGAUGAUGAAAUUGAAGUGGUGGGUGAAGAAGGAAAGCAAUCCGAAACUGAUACGAAAUCAAACCUCAAUACGAUCAGAAGGCCAAGCUUUUUCAAUAUAAAGAUCAAUAAAAGAACUAAAACGGCAAAUGGUGAAAGGGAGAAUGAUUUCUUCGGUAAAAAAGGUCUUCGUCGUUGCAGUUCAUCCAUAUCGCAUAAAAGCUCUCUUAGUGAUAAUGGGUCAUCCAUUAUAGCCAAAAGUCGUAGCGGAAGUCAAGUAUCAGGUAAUCUUCCAAACUUCUCCGCCGAGCAUUUGAUCGUUCCACGUCCAAGAGUGUCCAGCUUGCAGCAAUCUAGCGGAAUCCCAACUAUAGCAGCCCAACCAUCAAAGAUAACCAGUGAAGUUCUUCUUCAAGUCAGCACCAAAGACCGCGUACAACUGCCAAUAAACAACCAUCUUCCUGACGAUCUUUCGCCAACCCUCCCCGACGAGAGCAAAUAUUCGCAAGGGGAAUGGUCAUCACAAGAUUCAUGUGUAGAUCCUAUUUGUGCACCUUCUCCUUCUCCAAAUAAGAAGAAGGGAUUCUUUUGA